AUGUCUAACAUUCUACACAAAGUAUCUGAGAAGCUUUCUGGUCACGACCACGACAAACAGGAGGAGACCGACGAGUACGGUAACCCUCUUACAGGCCAACAACAGGAGUAUGGGCGCGAAUUUAAGGGCGGAUCCGGUCGCGAGUAUUACACACGUGACCAGGAAUCCAGCGACCAAACGCUACCCUCGCAGCACCAAGCAAUGGGAGGCAGAGACGUACAUUCGCACGGCCAGCAGAGCUGGAAGGGAGGCCAGCAGCAGCAGCGUCACGACAUGGAACAGGAAGGCGGAAACUUUGACAUGUUCGAGCAAGGCGAAGGUGUGGGUGCCGGCAAGGUCGGCAGUCGCACGCGCGGCUCAAUGGGCCAGGGCCAGGGCCAGGGCCAGGGACAGAGGCAGCAGCAGCAGCGGUCUGGUGAUUGGGGCGACGACGACGAUUUCUCCAAGAACCGCGACGAAGACUACGCUGAUGAGUUUCAGAAGCGCUACUGGUGA